AUGACGACCGCGAACGAGGCGAUUUUCUCGGGACUCACGCCGCUUGAGCCUGCCGAGGAGCCUCUUCAUCGCGGGGUCGCUGACCUGGUCUGCGGACAGGUGUAUCCUGGCACGCGCCCGCGCCUCAAAUGCACGGCGCUUCUUGGCGCCGUCACGGUCGGCUGCUCGGCUGGCGUCGCCCGUGCCCAGCCAGCAAGGGCGCAGCGCUCAACUGCUCAGCCGACCUGCAAAUUAAGCUCGGCGGCUGACUCAUCCGCCGGU